ACGAGGCUUCAAUUUCAGGGUGGUAUAAAGUAAAUUAGGUUUGAGUUUAUUUAUUUAUCAGCUCUGAAGUAAAACUGAACAAAGAAGAGAAAAUUAUUGCAAGUGUGUGGGAAAUGUACAGUUGUGCGAGUGCAACAGAAACCUUGAGAUGGAUAAACGCAAUCAUCGAAUUCAUAAAACCUUACAAUUCAAUCAUAAAUGCUCACGUCGUCAAUUUCUUCACCCACAAACUAUGGGAAUCCGUUGAUCAGCGAUGGAUUCAUUGUCUCCGUCACGAGCCUCUUCAACAUCUUCUCCUUAUUCCCUCCGCUGUCUCUCAGGAGCAUUGGCCUCAUUCUCUCAGAGAAUUUGUUGCGGAUUUGAGGUCUCUUGCAUUUCCUCGAGAUCAGGUGGACUUGGAAAAGGUGUUUCCUGGAUUGAACUUCACAUCGCUUAAUACUGUACUUUCGCAGGGCAUGAAUGUGAAGAAAAAACAUGAGGUAGAAGUUCUUUCUGCUGUUGUUAGUUUUAUUACAAACAGUGUGGGAGCUCAAACAAUUGUUGAUGUUGGUGCUGGUCAGGGUUACCUUGCACAAGUACUUUCCUUCCAGUACGAUCAUUCUGUAGUUGCCAUUGAUGCUUCUUCUCAUCAUGGAAGGGUAACAGAGAUGCGCGCAGAACGGAUAAAGAAACAUUAUGCAGCUCAGAUGCGUAAAUAUGAUUCAGGAAACAGGGUUCUGAAUAUACCUAAAACAAUUACAUGCCGUAUUAUGUCAAAUGACAUUUUAAAAGCUUUGACUGGCGCACCAGUUAAUGUGAAUGAAAUCAAGCAGCAAGAAUUGAGUUGGCAAGGUGCGGAAAGUAAUGCUUCAUUUGUACUUGCUGGAUUACAUGCUUGUGGUGAUCUUUCAGUGAACAUGGUGAUGACCUUUUUGGAGUGUAAAGAAAUCAAAGCAAUUGUUAGCAUUGGAUGCUGCUACAACUUGUUAUCAGAAGAAUGCUCGGACGCUGUUUAUUCUCACUGUGGUUUUCCAAUGAGUCUUGGUGUUAAGUCUGCAGGCAUAUCACUCGGGAAGAAUUUACGCGAUCUUGCUUGUCAGAGUGCGGACAGAUGGCGGAGUCUUGAUGAGGAUGCUGGUCUUCAAAAUUUGGAGUUGCAUGCUUUUCGAGCUGCUUUUCAGAUGGUUCUUCAAAAAUAUUACCCAGAUGUCCUAAAAGAAAGUCCUUCAAUUGGGCGUCAAGGAAAGACCAUGCGUCGUCAACGACAGAGAAGGGCUAUGCAUUCAGCUUUGCAUCAUGGACAAAAUAAACUUUCAACUUCUCCUCAGAGUUCUAAUAUGGAACAAAUAUGCUUCUCUCCACAGCCUGCAGUCUCUAAAUCUGAUAACAUUUCAGCUUCGGUGUUGGGAAUAGAUGCCUCAUUGCAUAAGGGGAUUAUUAGAUGCAAAAAAGACGAAUCUGAUGAAAAAUAUUUACAAUUUGAGAAAUUUAGUACGUCUGGACUUUCACGCCUUGGCCUCAAACCUUUGCAGGAGAUACAUCUUCAUGAAAUAUGGAAGGAAGUUGAACCAUUUGCUGAGCUUAUUGGAUGUUUUUGGUCUCUUCGAGCUGCUUUUGGUCCCAUACUUGAGACUCUUAUUCUGCUCGAUAGAUUAUUGUUCCUCCAGGAGCAAGGCAGUUCAAUUGAAGCAAAGAUGUUUCCCAUAUUUAAUCCCAUAUUAUCUCCUAGAAAUUUAGCCAUAAUUGCUAAAAGAAAAUGAUCAAAAUGGUAGGUUUUAACAAAACUAUCUUCGUCUUUAGUACUCAGGUUCUUCUCCUAUCACUAUUGAAUAGAACAUGGUAAGACGUAUGUUCUUAACAUUUUUUGUUGACUGGUAAACUUCAUGCUCACUGAUGUAGGUGCCAAUGAUACAGUACUGCUACCGAAAUCAUUAUGGUUGAUUUGUACAUUUCUUUUUGUGAUGAAUCUAUCGACUUGAAAUCAUUGGUUACUGAUUUGUAUUU